AUGACAAGGACUCGACCACCGCCGUCGCGGCGCGUUAAAAGAUUGAGCCUCAAAUCGGGACGCCCACCGCUACUGUCCAACAGCAGAGCGACAUCAAUAUCUGCACCAUUGCAACAGCGGCAGCAGCAGCAGGGCCAGCAUCGAUCCCAAUCACACUCGCAGUCAUCGAAACACACACGAAGCAUCAUCCGGACGCACCAUGUGCUCCAGAAGCGACUCACGCGCGCGCGGGCUGCCAACGACACGGCACAGAUCCAAGCGCUCGAGGCGCAACUGGCGGAGGCAGGGGGCUUGAAGACCUACCAGCUGGCCAGCACGGUGGGCCAGAGCUCGAGCCGCGGCGGCGACUCGAGUCGCGUGCUCGUCGAGUGGCUCCAUGACGAGAUUGAGCCGCGUAGACGCGCUCCGAGAGUGAUGGCGAAGCUGGACAAGAAGCAGGGCCAGCAGCAGGCGAGGAAACUGCAUGCAGAGCCUGGCACUUCUUCGUCUUUGCCUUCGCCGAACCGUGCUGCAUCACCGCUUCCUGGACAACUACGCCCGUCAAUAUCGCCCCAAGCGCCGCCUCACGAACACCUCCUCCUCCCGCUCCACGUCCUCGAGAUCGGCGCCCUCAGCACGCAGAACGCGCUGAACGUAGCGGGCGCGACGAGUGUGCGCCGCAUCGACCUCCGGUCGUCCGGGCAGGGGAUCGAGGAGUGUGACUUCAUGGCGUUCCCGCUGCCCAGCGCGGUGGAUGGGUCCGGCGAGUGGCACGGCCGUCGCGGGUACGAUGUGCUCAGUCUCAGCCUCGUGCUGAACUAUGUUCCAGACGCGGACGGGAGGGGGGAGAUGCUGAGGCGGACGACGCAGUUCUUCGCUGCCCGCGGGGAUGCGGAUGGGGAGCAUGUUGAGGUCGAGGCUGAAGUCGCUGAGGCUGGUGAACGACGACGCUGUCCUCGUCCUCUGCUUCCAUGCCUCUUCCUCGUCCUACCCGCGCCGUGCUUGCAUAAUUCGCGCUAUCUGGACCCGCGACACCUGACAUCGCUCAUGUCGACUUUAGGCUAUAGUCUUCUCAAUAGCAAAACCACUCAGAAACUGUACUAUAGCCUGUGGCACUACGACAUCUCGAAGCAGGAAGAGUGGCUAGCCCAGGGGCAACCGACUCGAUUUCCAAAGAAAGAGAUCAAUCCGGGGGGAGGCAGAAAUAAUUUCUGUAUUGCCCUUCCCUGA